AUGGCAGGUCCCCCGGGGACGGCGGUCGGACGAGGCUGGAGUAGCAUGCCCGCGCCACCUCGGCCGCCGCGCAAGCGACACCUGCAUCGCCAGCUCCAUCCCCGCCUCGCCGCACCACCGCACCGCACGCCGGCCCACCAGGUCCGGUUCAACACGACGAGCAAGGGCAACGGCGUCGGCGGAGGCGCCUCGCAGGACCUCUCGUACCCGUCCCACCUGGCAUCUCCGACGCCGUACGACAUCUUCCGGCUGCCGCGCUCCACGACGUCGGCGCAGGUCAAGGCGCGCUACUACGACCUGGUGCGGUGCCUGCAUCCGGACCGCAUCCUCCACCCGGACUCGACGGCGUCGGAGCGCGACAAGGCCACGUCCGAAUUCAAGCUGGUGGUGCAGGCCUACAACCUGCUCAAGGACCCGCGCAAAAAGGACCUCUACGACCGCAGCGGAUUCGGGUGGGACUCGAAAAAGGGCCUCACCGAUGCCGCCUCGCGCGGCGCCGCGGGCCACCCGUGGGACCGCACCGGCUGGGCCAACCGCGGCGGCGUGGACCGACGCUACCGCCGUCCCGCCGCCGACGGCUGGUCGGGCAGCCAGCACGACUUUUACGGCUGGCAGACGUACGCCGCCUCGCGCCACGGUCCGGCCUUUUACGGCUUCACGCCCUCGUACAACCCGCACGCCGCCCGUCCGCGGUACACGAGCAACGGCCUCUUCUUCUCGACCGUCUUUGUCGUCACCUGGUUCGUCGCCGCGCUCCAGUACCGACGCAUCAGCGCCGAGAGCAAGAGGGCCAUCGAGCGCGCCGACCGGCACCACCUCGAUGCCGCAAAGAGCCUCGAAGAGGCCAGGCUCGUCGCCAGGAGCGACGAGGGAAGGCAGAGGUACGAGGCCUACAAGCGCCGGGCCCGCGAGCAGAAAGUCUUGGAGGAGCUCGAGAGGCAGCAGGCUAGACUCAUGGCCGGCCAGCCGCUCGUGCAUGGCCACCACAACGACGGCCAAGAGGGGCACGCGACGAUGACGGCGGCGAGGGACAGGCUGCAGAUUGAAGCUGGACCGUGGGGUAUCGGUCAUGGCGGACCCAGCGGCAAAGAGGCUGCAGAGAGGAGAAAGGCAGAGGCGAGCCAGAGGGAGCAGAGGAGGAUGGGCAGGAUGCCGCCGCCAUCGCCGCCGCCUGCGGAUUCGUCGCCUGAGCCAGCAAACCCGUCGACUCAGCCUCAGGCACCGUGA